CGCCGCGCCGCCACCAUGCUAAACAACCUGACGGACUGCGAGGACGGCGAUGGGGGAGCCAACCCUGGUGAUGGCAACCCCAAGGAGAGCAGCCCCUUCAUCAACAGCACCGACACAGAGAAGGGGAAGGAGUAUGAUGGCAAGAACAUGGCCCUGUUUGAGGAGGAGAUGGACACCAGCCCCAUGGUGUCCUCCCUGCUUAGUGGCCUGGCCAACUACACCAACCUGCCCCAGGGAAGUAGGGAGCAUGAAGAGGCAGAAAACAAUGAGGGUGGAAAAAAGAAGCCGGUGCAGGCCCCCCGCAUGGGUACCUUCAUGGGCGUGUACCUACCGUGCCUGCAGAACAUCUUUGGUGUCAUCCUCUUCUUGCGACUCACUUGGGUGGUGGGCAUUGCAGGCAUCAUGGAGUCCUUCUGCAUGGUCUUCAUCUGCUGCUCCUGUACGAUGCUCACGGCCAUUUCCAUGAGUGCAAUUGCAACCAAUGGUGUUGUGCCUGCUGGCGGCUCCUACUACAUGAUUUCCAGGUCUCUGGGUCCAGAGUUUGGGGGCGCUGUGGGCCUCUGCUUCUACCUGGGCACUACGUUUGCUGGGGCCAUGUACAUCCUGGGCACCAUCGAAAUCCUGCUGGCUUACCUCUUCCCAGCUAUGGCCAUUUUUAAGGCAGAAGAUGCCAGCGGGGAGGCAGCAGCCCUGCUGAACAAUAUGCGUGUGUAUGGCACCUGUGUGCUCACCUGCAUGGCCACCGUGGUAUUCGUGGGCGUCAAGUAUGUCAACAAGUUUGCCCUUGUCUUCCUGGGUUGUGUCAUCCUCUCCAUCCUGGCCAUCUAUGCCGGGGUCAUCAAAUCUGCCUUUGACCCACCCAACUUCCCGAUCUGCCUCCUGGGGAACCGCACACUGUCUCGCCAUGGCUUUGAUGUCUGUGCCAAGCUGGCUUGGGAAGGAAAUGAGACAGUGACCACACGGCUCUGGGGCCUCUUCUGCUCCUCCCGAUUCCUCAACGCCACCUGUGAUGAGUACUUCACCCGAAACAAUGUCACGGAGAUCCAGGGCAUUCCUGGCGCUGCCAGUGGCCUCAUCAAAGAGAACCUCUGGAGCUCCUACCUGACCAAGGGGGUGAUUGUGGAAAGGCGUGGGAUGCCCUCGGUGGGCCUGGCAGAUGGUACCCCUGUCGACAUGGACCAUCCCUAUGUCUUCAGCGAUAUGACCUCCUACUUCACCCUGCUGGUUGGCAUCUACUUCCCCUCAGUCACAGGGAUCAUGGCUGGUUCUAACCGCUCUGGGGACCUGCGGGAUGCCCAGAAGUCAAUUCCCACUGGCACCAUCCUGGCCAUCGCCACCACCUCCGCUGUCUACAUCAGCUCCGUUGUUCUGUUUGGGGCCUGCAUCGAGGGGGUCGUCCUUCGGGACAAGUUUGGCGAAGCUGUGAAUGGCAACCUGGUGGUGGGCACCCUGGCUUGGCCGUCCCCCUGGGUUAUUGUCAUCGGAUCCUUCUUCUCCACCUGCGGGGCUGGGCUGCAGAGCCUCACGGGGGCUCCACGCCUGCUGCAGGCCAUCUCCCGCGAUGGCAUAGUGCCCUUCCUGCAGGUUUUCGGCCACGGCAAAGCCAACGGAGAGCCAACGUGGGCCUUGCUCCUCACCGCCUGCAUCUGCGAGAUUGGCAUCCUCAUUGCAUCCCUGGACGAGGUCGCCCCCAUCCUCUCUAUGUUCUUUCUGAUGUGCUACAUGUUUGUGAACCUGGCCUGUGCGGUACAGACACUGCUGAGGACGCCCAACUGGCGGCCACGCUUUCGCUAUUACCACUGGACACUCUCGUUCCUGGGCAUGAGCCUCUGCCUGGCCCUCAUGUUCAUCUGCUCCUGGUAUUAUGCCUUGGUGGCCAUGCUCAUUGCGGGGCUCAUCUACAAGUAUAUCGAGUACCGUGGGGCGGAGAAGGAGUGGGGCGAUGGGAUCCGAGGCCUGUCUCUCAGUGCUGCUCGCUACGCCCUGUUACGCCUAGAGGAAGGGCCCCCGCACACCAAGAACUGGAGGCCACAGCUGCUGGUGCUGGUGCGUGUGGACCAAGACCAGAACGUGGUACAUCCACAGCUGCUCUCGCUGACCUCCCAGCUCAAGGCAGGGAAGGGCCUGACCAUUGUGGGCUCUGUCCUUGAGGGCACCUUUCUGGACAACCAUCCCCAGGCCCAGCGGGCGGAGGAGUCCAUCCGGCGCCUGAUGGAGGCAGAGAAGGUGAAGGGCUUCUGCCAGGUAGUGAUCUCCUCCAACCUGCGAGAUGGCGUGUCCCACCUGAUUCAGUCCGGGGGCCUUGGGGGGCUGCAGCACAACACCGUGCUCGUUGGCUGGCCCCGAAACUGGCGGCAGAAGGAAGAUCAUCAGACGUGGAGGAACUUCAUUGAGCUGGUCCGGGAAACAACGGCCGGUCACCUGGCCCUGCUGGUCACCAAGAACGUUUCCAUGUUUCCUGGUAACCCGGAGCGCUUCUCGGAGGGCAGCAUCGACGUCUGGUGGAUUGUGCACGACGGGGGCAUGCUCAUGCUGCUGCCCUUCCUGCUGCGGCACCACAAGGUUUGGCGGAAGUGCAAGAUGCGAAUCUUCACUGUGGCCCAGAUGGAUGACAAUAGCAUCCAGAUGAAGAAGGAUUUGACCACAUUUCUGUACCAUUUACGUAUCACCGCGGAGGUCGAGGUGGUGGAGAUGCAUGAGAGCGACAUCUCGGCUUACACCUACGAGAAGACGUUGGUGAUGGAGCAGCGUUCCCAGAUCCUCAAGCAGAUGCAUUUAACCAAGAAUGAGCGGGAGCGGGAGAUCCAGAGUAUCACAGAUGAGUCUCGGGGCUCAAUCCGGAGAAAGAAUCCAGCCAACACUCGGCUCCGCCUCAACGUCCCAGAAGAGACAGCUGGUGACAGCGAGGAGAAGCCGGAAGAGGAGGUGCAGCUGAUCCAUGACCAGAGUGCUCCCAGCUGCCCCAGCAGCUCACCGUCCCCGGGGGAGGAACCCGAACGGGAGGGCGAGGCAGAUCCAGAGAAAGUGCAUCUCACCUGGACCAAGGACAAAUCUGUGGCAGAGAAGAACAAGGGCCCCAGUCCUGUCUCCUCAGAGGGCAUCAAGGACUUCUUCAGCAUGAAGCCGGAGUGGGAGAACUUGAACCAGUCCAACGUGCGGCGCAUGCACACCGCUGUGCGGCUGAACGAGGUCAUCGUCAAGAAAUCCCGGGACGCCAAGCUUGUUUUGCUCAACAUGCCUGGGCCUCCCCGCAACCGCAACGGUGACGAAAAUUACAUGGAGUUCCUCGAGGUCCUCACCGAGCACCUGGACCGGGUGAUGCUGGUCCGCGGCGGCGGCCGCGAGGUCAUCACCAUCUACUCCUGAGAGCCAGGACCUGCCACCCGGGCCCGAGCGCGUCCGGCCCGCGCGGCCCCGGAGCCCUCGCCGCGCCCCCCGCCGCUGUCACCGUUUACAUACAGACCCUGUGCCCGCGCCCUGGCCCCCUUCCCCGCUGCCUGAAGCCCGGAGGCCACGUCGGUCGGGGCUGACUCGGAGAGGACCGCCCCGCGCGGAGACCAGAGCCCCGAGCGCCCCGUUGGCGCGUCGCCCUGUCGGCCCCGGCUGCCCUUUUUCUAAGCCCGGCCUCGCCCCGCCGGAGGAGACGCUGCAAUAAAGGUCGGAGGAGGCGCAGAGAGGAGCGGAGCUGGGGCUUUGAGGACGCCCGGUAGUCCGCGCGGCCCUCUCCCUCUCUUCCCGCGCCCCGCCCCGUCCUCGCUCUGCACCCGUCCCCCGGCGGCCCGGAGGGCGCGGGGUGGGGAGGCUGCGCUCCGCCGUCUACGUCACUUGUCCUCGCGCGGCCGCAGGCGCCGGCCGGCCGAGCCUAUACAUAGUGUACAGGAGACAUCGCGUGUAUUUUUAACGUCCCCAUAUUUCUGUGACUAGAAGCGCAACGGACUUCUCGCCACUGUCGAGCUCUCCCGCUGGGGGCGCCCAGGGAAGGCGGAGGCCUCGGGAGGCUGGGUUUUCCUUGACGUCCGAGAGUUUGAGAGCAAAAGUGCUUUAGGCCCAGGCGGGAGUCGUGGUCCCUCGACACCCCCUCGACGUCUCCUCACCCUUUCCGCGCGCCUUUGGCUUCCGACCCUUCCCUCUAGUUCUUCUCGGAGACGAAGUGAGACAAGUGUCCAGCUUUUCCUGGAUUCGCCUCCCAGCGGAGUGAGCUUCCACUGUGGCUGCAGAGGCGGGCGCAGCCUCUUCUCAUCGGCUCUUAUGCAAGCUGGGGCCACGAUAGGGGAGGGGCGUUCCUCAAGGAGGAGAAACCGAGAGAGGCCCUCGCCCCACCGAGG